AUGACUAGCAAUAACAGCGCUACAAACUCGAACUCAACUACGAGCAGUCGCAACGCUGUAUCCUUGGACCUUGCAGACCUCAAUCAGUUCCCUUCCCUUCCUGCUGAAAGCUCUGGUAGCACCACGGAUACUACCUACGACGGCCGCGUCAUAUGGGACGAUGCUGUAGCUUUCUCGACGCAAUCGUUUAGUCAGGGGCCUGUGGAUAAUGGUGGAUCGCAACGCCGUUCACGAGCUACGCAUGGUUUGCACUCGGUCGUACCCAUAGACGAUCCUGGUACGAAGUCGGAAGCAGAUCUGAGAACGCAGCUGAAGGAUCUCGAGAGCAAGGAUGCUUGCGCAGUGUUUCUCUACCGUGUCCAGCCAUCGCCUACUGGCAGCGAUGUAUGGCCUGAUAUUCGAGACAUCUCCAAAGUUCCGGCGAGCUACCAGGUCUUGCAGCUUCCUCAAAGCAGGCCGGUACCAGGUCUUCCAGCUGUUGAGGAUCUGCUAGACGCUCCUACUUUCAGUCGGAUCAGUCAACUACCGCCCCGCAGUGACGGGAUGCCACAGGUAGAAACCUCUGGCAAAGGAUGGCCCCAAAGAAGACUGCCCACCGAGCUUUACGAGCUGAUCUGCUCUUACUUGGCGCGGGAUGACAUCAAGGCCAUGCGUCUUUGCUGCAAAGAGUUUGAUCAACACGUCUCUCAGACCCUCUUCCAUACGGUCGUUGUACCGUUCAACACUGAGAUCUAUGACAUGCUAAAACCAAGGCCCAAGAAACGCGACGUUAACGGCAAGGGUAAGAGCAGAGCUGUUGAUGAUGACACAAAUGCCGCUAGCACAUACGACGCCUUCCAGUGGAAGAAUGAGAAGGAUGAUGAGGUGUACGAAGGACACGGCGUAGACGUCUUCAAAGGCUUCGGACCCCAUAUCAGACGAUACGGGAUGAGCUUCGAGGUUGACGAGAGUACGCUUAAGUUUCCGCCCCAUAAAGGGUCGCUGGAAGACCACGUCAGUUACUGGGGCGCAUACCAAUGGCCGUACCAAGAGUAUCAUCGAUUUGAGGACGUAGCCAGCCUCGAAACGACUGCCGACGAGACCCCGAAGAUGAAAACUGCUUUCUCUUUCCUCACCAAAGUCCGACAUCUAGCGCUAUCUCUCGACUGCGGUCUUGGCUGGCUGAAGGGUCCCGACGUCUCGCUCCGAUCACGCAUCCUGAAGCGCAGUCCGACAGUCUUUGGCCCCACACGAGCAAUCCCCGACCGCAGAACUCAGGCUCGGGAGUUCUUGUGGGCCCACCUCGAGGAGGCUCACUUCCGCGCGACACACGACAGAUUCAGUGUGCGGCAUGCAGAACUCUUUAGGCAAGAUGUGAUUGACCCUGUUGCCGGUACUCAUGGCUACAGUGCAAUACUCCAGGACGAGACGUCGCAGCGAAGUCUUCGGUUCUUUGAUGCUGGUCUAGCCAGCGAUGCAUAUUACGAUGAAGGUCGCCACUCAAAGUCGAACUGGGGACCCCCGAGAUCCCCGAGGGAUAUGACUGGGCAGUUUGACCUAUCCAGAGUCGCUGCAGGACCCCAAGAACCAGCAUGGAGGAACGUGCCACCGUUUGUACUGAAAGAGGGCAUACUCUACACAAGUUCCACAAGGCAAGAGUCUUCGGGGCAGCACAACUUCCUGGUACCGAACGACCUCUCAAAAGCACAGAAGGAGUGGUUGCUUGAGAUUGAGUGGGCACAGCGAGCUUUCCUGUCCUCGUACAUGUUGGCCGUUAUGGACAACUCGUCUGUCUUCGCAGGCGUUGAAAGACUUGACUUUAGCCGGAUAUCAAGCCGCUUCGUCUCACAACUCUGCCGGGCGGAUUUCUGGGAUUCGCUUGAAGGUCUUGAGACAGUCUCAAUCCAGGUUGUCCCGGACUGGCAUGAUGUCACAAAGGAUAACGCCGGCAUCGUGGAGACCCAGACGAUCUAUCCAUCGCGCGCCGUCGGACCCUUCGUUAAGCUUCUUGCGGACACCAUCUCUCCACGUGACAACAUCAGAAACCUCAAAAUCGGCUGGGCGGACGGAGGCGAGCACGCCGAAGGCAUGUUCGCACGCAACCAGCACAUUCUCAUCGCGCCCCUCGUCGAAGUGAAUCACGACUUCACGCACGAUUUGACCACCCCGAAUCCGAUGCUGCUACUCCCUCACGUCGAGCAUCUAACCCUGACGAACUGCUGGAUCACGCCCCACCACCUACAAUCACUCGUCCGAAACCACGCCAAUAGCGCCCUAAUGAAGCUGACGCUCGACUCCGUGUCGCUGACUGUCGUUCCCCGCGUCAACCCCCUAGUCCAACUAGGCCCGCCCCCAGGCCAGCCAAUGUGGGCGAACGCCGUUGCGCUCCAGCAGCUCCUGACGCAGAACAUGCAACAGCUGCACCACUUCAACAACCCUGCCCAGCCUGCACAUCCAGGUGUGCCGCUUGGGCACGGCAUGAUCUGGAAUCCAUACGCCGCCCCCGGUAAUGGCGGCCCUCCGGCUCCACCACAGCUUCCGCAGUUCGUCCCGCCGGCUCACGCCCCACCACCCCCUGCUCUGGCACCACAACCAGCCCAGCCCAACCAGAACGAUACAAGCUAUCUAGACCCCCACCGCGAAGGCUCCUGGCCUCACGUCCUCGACCUCAUCUCCCCCGGUGCGCGUCUCGCUGACUUCCUCCCCUCCUCCCCAUCCCCCUCCUCUCCCGACCCAGUCCCUCAUUCCCCCAGCCAACUACAAACCCUCGAGCUGCUGAGCGUCGGCUACGUCAAGCUCCCCCACGCGCGCUUCGACCAGUCCGCCCUCCUCCCUCCCGCAAACCCGAUCCCGGGGUUCACAGUCCAGGGGCUGCGGAGUAAUUACUUCUUGAAGCGCGCGGGGGUGCUGCAGGGGAGCAUGAUGGCGGUCAAGGACGAGUUGGUGGGGGAAGUUGUGCAGUUUAUUGUACCGGCCGAGCUGCGGUGCUUGAGUGUCGUUUGGGGCCUGCGUGAGGGGUGGAGAGACACGAAAAAAGCGGAGGAGCCCGAGUUUGACGGAUUUCUGGCUGGCGGUACGGGGAGGGUGUCGGGUGUGAUACACGCCCACGACAGGUCGCCGGGCGUUGGUGGAGAUGAUGGAUCGUGA